AUGAUGCUGGCCAGCCUCCCGAAGCUGCUCCCGGUCUAUUUACGCGUACAGUCGACGCAGAGACUCGGCGAGAGCAACAGCUUCCUCCUGCAACACAUCGCACGUUUGGCCACCAUCCGUCCUUCAACGUCGAUCCGCCAAAAAUAUUAGUGAAGAGACUAUACAUUCUUAUGGUGCAACGUUAAAAAUUACAUGGGUUCAUGCCCUAUUGAUUUAGAUGAAGCGGUUCUUUUGCUUACAUCGGGAAAUCUAUGCUUAUCUGCCUGUGGAAAGUGAGCGCAGCUGUCUGUCAUAUGCCGUUUCACGUCUGAAUUCAGGUGAAUCCCAUAAUUUGUGCGAAAAAUCCUCUGAAUGAAAGGUUAUUUCUGAAGCAAAAGGUGCAGUCGGUCAUUGGAUGGAAAAUCGUGUACUGAAUUACUAGACCAUACAAAAAUGAAUAUGCACCCGCACGAUUGGAAGGAUAUAACUGGGGCAUGUUUUUUUCCAAUACAUUUCUGGAUAGCCGAUUAUAAACUAGUGAAGGACACGCAUUAGUUUAAGAAGAAUUCUCUGUUGUAACAAAAGGUACGGUGAUUCCGGAUGUAAUUUUUACAUCGAACUUCCAUAUUCCUCAGUAAAUAUAAAAUAUCAUACGCCCGAGUCUGCCCAGACGACGCUGGAAAAAAACUGCUUUAAUUAUUCGGAGGCGAAUCCAGCACAUCUGGAGGCGGGUUCCACGGCUCGAGGUGCUUAUGGUGGGGUACCGUCACCUCUGCGUGGCAGCACCCCUCUGCGUGGCAUCCUGUCACGGCCCGUCACAUCACGGAGUGGCUGAGGACGUGCUGUCUUUCUUCUCAGUGUCUCAGAGGCCCACAGCAGUGUCUCAGUGGAGGGCUGAUAUCACACCUGACCAUUCUCCAGCUGAGCUGGAACCCAAGACCAGCUUUACUGAAGACUUUUCAAAGUCGACCAGAUCAAGUAGACGGUAGCUGUUGGCUUCCUUGCUGCCGUCAGCCUGGCCGUAUUCCUGGCCUCCCUCUCCGGCCUCCUUGUUAGCGAGUCCCGUGUCACCAGUAGACCAGUGAUGGCACGCCCCAACUCUGGGGUGCUGGUCUCGGGCAACGGACUGGGCUACCCUCCUCAGAACACCGCGCGAGUGGUGGUCUGGGAGUGGCUGAACGAGCACGGGCGUUGGCGUCCCUAUGGUGCGGCCGUGUGCCACCAUAUAGAGAACGUUCUGAAGGGAGAUGCCCGUGGCACCGUGGUGCUGGGCCAGGUCGACGCCCAGCUGGCACCUUACAUCAUCGACCUACAGUCUAUGCACCAGUUCCGCCAGGACACUGGAACAAUGCGACCCGUUCAGCGCAACUUCUACGAGCCGUCGUCUGCGCCGGGCAAGGGUGUGGUGUGGGAAUGGGAGAACGACAACGGCACGUGGACACCCUAUGACAUGGAGAUCUGCGUGACCAUCCAAAACGCCUACGAGAAGCAGCACCCGUGGCUGGACCUAAGCUCUUUGGGCUUCUGCUACCUCAUCGAUUUCAACAGUAUGGCACAGACCAACCGACAGAGCCAGCGGCGGCGGCGGCUGCGCCGGCGGAUGGACCUGGCCUACCCGCUUACUGUGGGUUCCAUCCCCAAGUCGCAGUCGUGGCCAGUGGGCGCCAGCUCUGGCCAGCCCUGCUCCUGCCAGCAGUGUAUUCUGGUCCACAGCACGCGGGCCGCGUCCAAUGCCAUACUAGCCUCGCAGCGCCGCAAGGUGUAUUCAGGGGCAAACCCGCCCUCCAGUGGCAACCAGAUCUCCACCGUGCGCCAGAGCAACACAUUUGCUGGAGCUCCGCUGUGGUCCUCAGGCUCUGGCACGAUGGGUGGCACCAGCAGCAGUGAGAGGGUGGGAAGUGGCUCAGGCUCUGCCCAUAGCCCUGCCGACCUCCCAGCCGCCCACAGCCUCACUAUCAACGGGCAGAACAACCUGAACCGACCUGGCACUCAGCGCGUCUCCAUGGGAACCGCCCGCGGAGCCAUCCCACCAGGAGUUCCUGCCCUCCCUGUGAAGAACCUGACAGGCUCCGGUCCAGUACACCCAGCCCUGGCAGGUAUGACAGGCAUCCUGAUGUGUGCGGCAGGACUGCCCGUGUGCCUAACCCGCGCCCCCAAACCCAUCCUGCACCCCCCCCCCAUCAACAAGAGCGACAUGAAGCCAGUGCCAGGAGUCAAUGGCAUCCGGCGCAAGACCAAGAAGAAGCACCUGAGGAGGGGUAAAAACCCAGAGGAUGUGGUUCGCAGAUACACCGAGAAAAUCAAAAUAAUUCCUGAUGAGGACUGCACCAUCUGCAUGGAGAGGCUGGUGACCUCUUCCGGCUACGAUGGCCUGCUGAACCACAAGGGUAUCAAGGCCGAGCUGGUGGGCAAGCUGGGCAAGUGCGGCCACAUGUACCACCUGCUGUGCCUGGUGGCCAUGUAUAACAACGGCAACAAGGAUGGCAGCCUGCAAUGCCCCACCUGUAAGGCCAUCUACGGGGAGAAGACGGGCACUCAGCCUCCCGGGAAGAUGGAGUACCACGUCAUCCCACACAGUCUGCCAGGCUACCCGGAGUCCAAGACCAUCCGCAUCGUCUAUGACAUCCCUGCCGGUAUCCAGACCACUGAGCACCCCAACCCUGGGAAGAAGUUCAGUGCCAGGGGUUUCCCAAGACACUGCUAUCUCCCAGACAACGAGAAGGGCAGGAAGGUCCUGAGGCUGCUGAUCACGGCGUGGGACCGGCGGCUCAUCUUCACCAUUGGCACAUCCAGCACCACAGGCGAGUCGGACACGGUGGUCUGGAAUGAGAUCCAUCACAAGACCGAGUUUGGCUCCAACUUGACCGGCCACGGAUACCCAGACCCCAACUACCUGGACAACGUGCUGGCAGAGCUGUCUGCCCAGGGUGUGGCUGAGGAGAAUCUGAAGGAGUGAGGGUGCAGGAAGGCCAAGCACUGAGGACUCUGCCAGCAUCGCCCAUCAGGGGGCGCUCUAGGGAUGGAAAUAAAACAUUGAGCAUUGUCUUUAAUUCCACCUUACAUACAAGAAUAAUAUUCAGUGGACAUACAUGUGAAGGAAAUAUUUUUGAAAAACAGUAAUAAUUUUUUUCUAGCGUCUGGCUAAAAAAACAUGCAUAAGCAAAUGGUUACUGUCGUUCUGUCCGCUUCUUGGACAUAUCAGAGCGUGUCAGCAUAUGGGGCUGAUAACAUGAAGCUAUCUGGGCUUGCUGUGGGGGGAGAGGUAGCCCCCCAGGCAGCAGGUCCUCUGCCUGCUGAGGGAUGCGUAGAAAUGUGAGGACCAGGUGGCCAGCCUGCAGACAGUGAGCUUUAUUUUUUAUUUUUAUUUUUUGGAGGGGGAGCAGUUCCAGGAAACGGAGACCAUGUUUCGAGGGUAUAAGGAGGCUGCGCAGUGUUUCAUGCACCUCAUUUAGGAAACUAUGUGAGAUGUAUUAGGUUUGCAAGUCUUACUUUUACAACAGGAGGGAGUUUUUGAUUUCUGCUUAAGCCAAAUGUUUGAUGGUUGAAGCGUUUGAGCCUCUUUCUAAAAUUGUUAAACCAGCAAAGCCGAUAAAACUAGGUCCUGGCAGUUUAACGGGAAGGUCACACCAAAGUAGAGCAAACUGUCAGCACAUAUUUCAUGCAAAAAAUCCACCCAAUCUCUCCUCCGGAUGUGGUGUCUGGAACGUUGUUUUCUUUGUAUGUAUGUUUGUUUUUUUAAGGUUAGUUUUAAUAUUACAGUAGCAAAGUUGAUGCCGUUUAGGGAGAUUUUAAGAGGUUACAGCACGCGCGGUUUAUGUCUGGGGGAAGGUGUGUGUUGCAGCAUUACUAGCUUUCCCACCAUUCAUCAGGUACCUGCUAUAGCACCUAUCAGGCUGCUAUAGCACCGUCUGAGAGAUGACCCGUCGCUCUGCCUACUCAGACAGCCCUGCAGACCCUAGUUAUGUUAAACAGCGUGCUGUCUACCUGUAGGUGCGUCCUGCUUGGAGUCUUUUAGAAGGGAAAGCUGUCUUAAUGAACGGCAUUAAUGUCAGCCCUUGAGACGGAAACCUGGGGCGCACAGGGGACGCUUCUACCGGGAUGCCUUCGGCGCAGGGCGGCGGGAUAGCGCUCUGUGUCCCCAGUGUAGCUGCGAUUCCCAGCUCUCGUGUCAGCCUUUCUUUCCUUUUUCAGUUCAAAGAGAGAUCCCUUUCGGCUGUGCAGUUCAUUCUCGCAAAGGGCGCACCUGAUAUAUAUAAUCGACUUUACCGAAAAUGUUUUGGAAUCCGAAAGGGGAUUAAUGUUGUAAUUGAGUGCGCGUUUCCCUGCGUGUCAGCGGAUUUUGGGGUAAUCCUUUUAAAAAUGCUGUUCAGUUUCCGACUGAAUCAUUGUCUUCCUUUGCACUUUGAGACGGCAGACUUUGUUCACUGAGCGUUUCGAUUUGAGGAGCUGUCUUGAAAUGCAUUAGCUAGUUUAGCUCGUUUAUUAAAGUUUAAGUUUUUAAGAUGUCUUGUAUUGCUUCUAUAUAAUAUAUACAUUUACAUAAAAUGUUCUGUCUUAAUAUUAAAGCUCAAUUUGUGUGAGGUAAAAUUAUUUUUUAUACUAUUCUGUAUGACAAAAAUCAUAUAUAAAAAUAUAUUAUACAUUUAAAAUCUGGCAAAGGUUUAUUUUGUCAGUAUGUCAGGGACUGUUAAAACAUGUAUGAAAUUGAAACUGUGUGUAAUAUUAGCGGAUUAUUCUUGAUCGCUGCUGUCUGUUACAUCCGUGUUAUAAAUGCUCCGUAGGUGACGCCCGGGGUUCGAUAAGCGGGCGUGAAGGGGGCGGACACUAUGCAGCAGCUCACCGACCGCCAACCCUCUCAUGACGGAUCAUUUACCCUGUAGCCAUUCGUUUGGAUCAAUCCAUUGCUUCGCGCUACGUUCAUCCUCAGUGGGGAAGCAGAAGCGGAGGCUCGGCUGAACCACGCCACUUGCGGCCCCGAAGAAUCGGCUCAUCUGUCGGGCUGCCUAUGUGCAGACGCGAGUUUGUACAUAAGAGAGCUGCAGUCAGGGGCUGCGUCGGUGCUUUUGCAUUCGCCUUGCGCUUUAGUUUACGUUUAUGGAGGUUUCAGGGGUGGUCCAGAGUCUGUCGAACCUUUUCCACUGGAUAAACGCCUAUACACAAUGUUUCACGUCGUGACCAUUUUUCUUAAACGCGCUCUGCGUUACGAGCGUUUUCAAUUGUAUUUGAUGUAAUAAUCAUGCAUUUUAAGACACACAUUCCAUAUGAUAUUUACAAUAAAUGUUAUUGCCAAAAAGUAGCGUUAUAUGCGUAUAACCAAGGAAUUUGUCCGACCUGUUGUGUAACCCAGUUUCACACUGUGCCCCUGUUUGUCUGGCUGUGCUUACCAUCGUGCAGAGAGAGUGUGCUUGCUUGCUUGUUUGUUUGGGAGGCCUCUAACUGGACCAUGCAUUGUAUAUGGAGUAACUGAUAUGCUCCGGGGGGCAGGUGUCUUUUGGGAAUGUGAGUGUCUGUGUCAAUGAGCAUGUCUGUGUGUGUGAGUGAACGUGUCUGUGUGUGUGAUUGACUAUGUCUGUGUGAGUAAGUGAGCUUAUGUGUGUCUGUGAGUGAGAGUGGGUCACCGUGUCUGUGUGUGUGUGUGAUUCAGUGAGCAUGUCCCUGUGAGUGUGAGUUUAUCUCUGUGAGCGUGUCUGUGUGUCUCUGUGAGUUUGUGAGUGUGUCUGUGAGUGCAUCAGUGUGAGUUUAUGAGCGUGUCUGUGUGAGUGUCUCAGUGUGUCUCUGUGAGCGCAUCUGUGUGAGUUUAUGAGCGUGUCUGUGUGAGCGUGUGUGCUAUUUUUGUGCUUGCAAGUUCUUUGUACUCUGAGACAUUGGGUUACUUGAGGGGUAAUGCACGUUACCAGUGUGGUAGCAUGAAACUAGAGUCAAUUACUAAGCUUCUUUAAAAUGAAUAUAAAUAAAAAUGAAAAACUAUCUGAGUGGUAGAUUUCAGUGAAGGUGUGCUUAUGCUGCGUGAUGCUGGUCUCUGCCUGGGAGACCCUGCGCUCCUCAGUGUGCCCCCGCUGGCUUUUUUUCAGGUUGCCCUGACAAACACCUGCAGGAAGUUGAGGCAGGGCAGCCUGCCGCUUCUCUUUUUACACUUUUCUCCAUAUUUUACCCACAUGUUUCAUGGUGAAUAUCUGACAUUUUUGUUUUUGAAAGUUUCUGAUUUUCCCAACCGAGACGAUGUCGAGGUCAAGCUGCCCUUCCUGCAUCCUCUUUAUUCGUUGUGACUGUAACUAGAUCGGAGUUUAAAGAUCGUAAUAUAUAUUUUAAAAUAUAACUACUCUUAUUUUAAAGAAAUACUGUCAAGAUUUAGAAACAUUUCCAGAAUCACCAAGGGCUUCUUAUUCUAUUGAUCUUUAAUGAAUCAUGUUGAGCUUCUUGCAUGUUUGUAUUUCUCGUGCAAUAAAUGUUCCCUCAGUCAAA